GUCAGAGAGGCGCGCCCCCGCUCCGCUCACAGCAGUCGUUGAAUGUAUCGAUGAGAAACGGGGAAAGUCAGCGAGCGUCAGUCAGAUCAUCCACAGACACGCGAGCGUUGGAUCGGGACUGUCACACACACUCAGCAUGUCGGACUUCCACGACUCUCUGGUGGACGUCUCCAGCGACAGCUUCUGGGAGGUGGGGAACUACAAGCGUGUGGUGAAGCGCGUGGACGACGGGAACCGGCUGUGCAACGACCUGAUGAACUGCCUUCAUGAGCGAGCGCGCAUCGAGAAGAGCUACUCUCAGCAGCUGAGCGAGUGGGCCAAACGCUGGAGACAGCUGGUGGAGAGAGGGCCCCAGUACGGGACGCUGGAGCGGGCCUGGUGCGCGCUCAUGACCGAGGCCGAGAAGGUCAGCGACCUGCACAUGGAGGUGAAGGCUGCUCUGAUGGCCGAGGACUACGAGAAGGUCAAGAACUGGCAGAAGGACGCUUACCACAAGCAGAUGAUCGGCGGCUUCAAGGAGACCAAAGAAGCUGACGACGGCUUCCGCAAGGCUCAGAAACCCUGGGCCAAGAAGCUGAAGGAGGUGGAUGUGAUGAAGAAGGCGUACCACGCCGCCUGCAAGGACGAGAAAGCGGCCACCAGUCGAGAGAGCACCAGCAGACUGGAGAACAGCCACCCUGAGGCGCAGAAGAAGCUGCAGGAGAAGGUGGAGAAGAGCCAGCAGGAGGUGCAGAAGACUCAGGAGCGCUACGAGAAGUCUCUGCUGGAGCUGGAGAAGGUGACGCCGCAGUACAUGGAGAACAUGGAGCAGGUGUUCGAGCAGUGGCAGCAGUUCGAGGACAGCCGGCUGGGCUUCUUCAAGGAGCUCCUGCUGGGCGUCAAGCAGCACCUCGACCUCUCGGCCAAUCACAAGUACACGAUGGUGUAUCACACACUGGAGGACACCAUCCAGGCAGCCGACACACAGGAGGACCUCCGCUGGUUCCGGACCAACCACGGGCCCGGCAUGCCCAUGAGCUGGCCUCAGUUCGAGGAGUUGUCCAUGGACUUGAACCGGACGCUCAGCCGACGGGAAACUAAGAGGAAACCCACUGAUGGAGUCACUCUGACAGGAAUCAGUCACACCACAGAGACCACGGCCUCCAAAACCAGCAGCAGCGUGACCGGAGCCAGUAGCUCAGAGGCCGUGUGCCUGAACCCGUUCGAAGACGAGGAUGACGAGGAUGAGGAAGAGCCGGUGGAGCAGCAGCGGCCCGAGAUCACGGUCACACCACAGGAAGUGAUGAUGGUCAAGCAAACUGCUAGUGUGGUGGAGAAGACGCCGGAGGCCGACGGCUCGGAUGAGGAAGCAGGGAAUCCCUUCGCCUCCGCUAAUGCUAACGCUAACGGGAACCCGUUUGAGGACGAGCCUGCUUCCCCAGUGGUGUCGGUGUGUGUGCGCGCGCUGUACGAGUACGAGGGCCAGGAGCAGGACGAGCUCAGCUUCAGAGCAGGAGAGGAGUUCACUAAGAUCGGUGAGGAGGACGAGCAGGGCUGGUGUAGAGGACGUCUGAGCGACGGCACCGUUGGACUCUAUCCUGCCAACUACGCGGAGGACCUGCAGUGAGACCGGAGUGUGUGUGUGUGUGUGACUGCAGACCAGCCGCCUCACACACUCACACACCGCGGCAUGAGGGGAAACAUCAUCACAGCGCCUCACACACAUCAGAUGCCGAGCGUAGACGAUAGUUCACAGUGAUCUGCUGAUUUUAAAGAGUUUUACCGAUGCUGUUUGCUUUUAGGAAUAUAAUCACACUGAUCCGUCUGCACACCUGACCUCUGA